UAAUAUACAGAUCCUUAAGAGCGACAUAACAUUAUUAGCGUACGUGCACGCCUAAGUACACGCAGCCGGUGUGCUCUGUCCGUAGAAUUACGAGCGAGGUGCAGAGCUCGUAAUAUCAAAUCAAGUUGAAGUUAGUACAUACGAAUAUGGCUCCUGUAGAUAUUUAUUUUUUAUUUGUUUAGACAGGCCCGUAUCGACGCUGAACUAAACAACAUGGCAUGGCGAGUGCGACCUGAGGAGGUGCUGGUGGAAGUGGGCACCGGCUUGGGGACCAGCCCAGCUCUGCACAGCGUCAAUGAGGUACUUAAGCUGUCCUUGGGUUGGAGUACCCGCGGAGCAGUAGGAACGCCUGCCUUCACUCUAUCUGCGUUCACCGUGGGGCUGUACAAGGGGAACAGAGUCGCCGUCAAGAAGAUCCACAGGAAGAAACUGGACCUGAACAAGAAGCUUAUGUGGGAGAUCAGACAGGCGAGGAACGUGUCGCACGAGAACACAGCCCGUUUCAUUGGCGCGUGCGUCGACUGCCCGCUCGUGUUCGUCCUGACAGAGUACUGCCCGAAGGGCUCUUUGAAAGACGUCCUCUCCAACGAAGAAAUCCAGCUAGAUUGGAACUUCAGGACCUCGUUGGUUCAUGAUAUUGUCCAGGGCAUGUGCUAUCUCCACGGCGGGCUGGGUGCGCACGGCAAGCUUCGCUCCUCCAACUGCCUCAUUGAUGGCCGCUUCGUGUUAAAGAUAUCUGACUACGGCCCCAACACGCUCUGCACACCUACUGAUCUCAUCAAGGAUGACACUUAUUAUUAUAAACUGCUUUGGACGGCUCCGGAGUUAGUAGCGGCCAGCGUCUACCCUGGAGCGGCAGCAUCUCUCAAGGGGGAUGUCUACAGUUUUGGGAUCAUCUUAGAGGAGAUUGUGCUGCGCGCCGGCCCUUUCCAUCACUACACUACCGCCAUGACUAACAGAGAGAUUGUCUCGCGUGUGUGCGGCCGCGAAUCACCCCCGUUCCGGCCUAUUGUUAUAGCCAACGAGGCGGGUGCCGGACCCGGGGCAAACACUGCCUCAGAUUUGAUGGACUUGGCUGCGAGUUGCUGGGCCGAGGCGCCCGAUGACAGGCCGACUUUUGAUUUCAUCAAUGCUAAUCAUAUAAAGGGCUACUGCGACAACCUGAUGGACGAUCUCCUGAGCCGAAUGGAGCAGUACGCUAACAACUUGGAGUCACUCGUGGAAGAGAAGACUGAACAAUUGUCGUUGGAGAAAAGGCGCUCCGAGGAACUGCUCUACCAAGUAUUACCAAGACCAGUAGCCCAACAACUGAUGGCCGGCGAGGUGGUCCAACCAGAGAGCUUCGAAUGCGUAACAGUCUACUUCAGCGACAUAGUCGGCUUCACCGAGCUGUGCGCCGCCUCCACGCCGAUGCAGGUGGUGGAUCUGCUCAACGACCUGUACAGCACUUUUGACAGGAUUAUAGGAUUUUAUGAUGUUUAUAAGGUGGAGACCAUAGGCGAUGCGUACAUGGUGGUGUCCGGUUUGCCAGAACGCAAUGGCGAUCAACACGCUCGAGAAAUCUGUUUGAUGGCGCUGGCAAUAGUCGAGGCUGUCCGUGGUUUCGUUGUUCGACAUCGGCCUGCCCAUCGACUAGAGGUUCGAGUAGGCGUUCACUCCGGGCCUGUGUGUGCGGGAGUGGUGGGGGUGAAGAUGCCCCACUACUGUCUGUUCGGAGACACCGUCAACACGGCUAGCCGGAUGGAGUCCACUGGACAACGUAAGUCGUUCGACAGUAGUAGAACUAGAGAGUGGGAGGCUAAAGGCGUCAACUCCGGGCCUGUGUGCGCGGGAGUGGUGGGUCCAGCCGGAUGAAGUCUACUGGACAACGCAAGUCGUUCGAGAGUAGUAGAACUAGAGAGUGAGAGGGUAAAGGCGUGCACUCCGGGCCUGUGAGCGCAGGAGUGGUGGGGGUGAAGAUGCCCCACUGCUGUCUGUUCGGGGACACCGUCAACACGGCCAGCCGGAUGGAGACCACUGGACAACGUAAGUCGUUCGAAAGUAGUAGAACUAGAGUAAAAGGGUAAAGGCGUUCACUCCGAGCCUGUGUGCGCGGGAGUGAUGGGGGUGAAGAUAUAUCGUAUAUACCUAUUUGACCUAUCUUAAAUUUCGAAUCAGGCCGUUAUUCACCGCUAACUUACGGGCGUAGCGUUUCAUCGUAGCUGUAUUACGGGCUUUCGGGUAUGUAGCGAUAAUUAUCCAAGAGGCGAAAAGACAACGUGUUGUGUUGUGAUUAGUGUUGAAUGGGCUAAGUGAUAAACUGCUGGUUUUGUUUGAACGAGGUGUUAGAAAGAAACGCUUAUUCUUUCAUGACGU